GCUCAACUAACUUUUAGUAUGGAUUAUUCGCACGGAGCGCGAGUACAGCAAAUCAUUUUGGGUGCGGAUUCGGAAAUUUUCGGUUAAGCUUACUUAGAGUGCUUGAGCAGCCGAAAAAGCAAGGCUUAUUUCGAAAAAAAAAAUCAAAAACACAAAAUCAAGAUAAACUUAAAAAUCAAAAACAAUAUUAGUUUAAAAUUUAUGAGCAUAGCAAACUUUUUAGCAAAAAAAAAAUCGAAAAUUGCAAAUUUCAAGCAAGCUAAAUUUCUGAGUCAAGCCAGAUAAGCCAGCAAAAAUAAGAAAGUGAUCAAACGCGUCAUAUCAGUUACAUACAUAUUUCAUAUAUUUGACGCCAUGACAAUAGUUUUCACUAGUAAACAAUUCAGUUUCUGCUUCUUGGUGUUGUUGUGUCUACACUUUCUUGUAAUUGUCGGCAACGCUGAAAGCCAACAUCAUCAUCGGCAGCAACGUCAGCCUUACGGUGGUUACACCGUUGACUCCCGUGAUGCGGACGAUGCAUCAAAUGAUGUGUCGCCGUAUCAGCGCUCUUCCUAUCGCGGUAGAGAUACUGCACGCAGACAGUUCAAUGAGAAUGAUGUAAAUUAUCAGUAUGGUAAUCAGCAGUUGGCAACACAAGGUGCAGAGCAGCUAUCGCGCCGUCAACUGCGGAAACAGCAACAGCGUCUAGAGAAGCAGGCGAGAAGUAAGGUGCCACCUAUCGAGGCGACAUCGGAGGGAAACAAGUGUCAUAUUUGGGUGCCCGUGGAGCUGAUCAACAAAUAUCCUUAUGCGCAACGCAUUCAAUUGGAUCAACGCAAUCAACAGCAAAAACUUCUAGUCUGCUGCGCUGGCUAUGCGCCAUUACGUUGGCGCGGCAACACACUCUGCCAGCCGCUGUGUGAGAAUUGUCGCAACGGACGCUGUGUUGCGCCCAAUGUAUGCGAAUGCUUCGAUAAUUUCGUCGCCAACGAUAAUGGCGAUUGUGUGUUCGCCUGUCCGCUGGGUUGUCUGAACGGACGCUGCUUUCUUGAUGGCACCUGCCAGUGUGACGCCGGCUUUAAGUUGGAUGAGACGCGCAAAUUUUGUCGACCCAUCUGCAGCAACGGCUGUGGCAUGAAUCCGCGUCACAAUUGCACCGAACCGGAGGUGUGUGGCUGUGCGAAGGGAUACCAACUAACAAAUGAUGGCUGUGUGGCAGCAUGCGAUCCGGAUUGCGGUGAGGGUGGCGAGUGCCGUGAGCCGAACCAAUGCUACUGUACACCGGGCUAUGAACUCAAGGAUGGUGUGUGCCAGCGCGAGUGUUAUCAGAAAUGCGACAAUGGCAUUUGUUAUAGCAACAAUCGCUGCAUCUGCAAUCCCGGCUUUACAUAUCAUGAACGUUCGACACAAUGUGUGCCCAAUUAUUGCACAUGGGUAAUGGUAACAGGCGAUGAACUGUACAACUCAAGAUGCGAGAAUAAUGUCUGUAACUGCAGCUUCGGUACUCAGGAAACAGUUUUGGGCGGCGUUAAGUACUGCCUUAGCAACUGCCCAAAUAACGCUGUUCGGUUAUCGUUUCGGAUAUGUGAAUGCCGGAAUGGAUAUCAGUACAUUGACGAGCAACGUACAAAGUGUGUGCGAACGAAUGGGCUUGCUGGGAAUCAGGAGAAUCGCGUCGAUGAAGUUGACGACACAUUAAGUGGUACGGCCGCCAGCACUACAUCAAGGAUAACUACCAACAAAGCGAGAAUUGCAGAUAUUAACACCACAGAGAACUCGUACGAUUAUAGGACGACCACUGAAACUAUUUCAACCAGUGUAGCUACUAAUACAACUAAUCGGGGAGAAUAUGUAAAUGUGAACAGUGUUGGUGAUAUUGAAGAUAUAUAUCUCUGGAUUGCGUUUAUUUGCUAUCCCGCGUUUGUCAAAAUGCAUGUCGCGGUAAAGGCUGGCAAUUUCGAAACGGAUCUUGGUCAUCUCGAGACUAAUGAAAAGUCAGACGCAGGCGUUGCAGCUGCUGAAUUCGAUAUCUUAAUGCCGCCGAUUGACUAUACCGAGGGAGUUACCGCUUUUGCCGAUGUCACAAUCGCAGCGCUGCAGGAAAAUGAGAGCCUACAAGUAUCUGGCGCUGUACAAAUCGCAUGUUCAGAACAGCGCUCCUCGCAGAUGGGUUCACAUAUGCCAUCCCCGCGUCGUCUUUCAUAUCCAGAAUCGCAUGUGCAAGUCUCGGGUUUUGUACAAAAAACAAUGAAAUCUCAUAUGAACUACCAGCUUCUUGUAAGCCUUCUGCUGCUGGCAACAUGUGCAACUGCAUGUGUCGUAAAAGUGCCAACGCCCAAAACUCGUGUGUCACUCGUGACCAUGCGCAAAUAUCCGGUGGAUGUGAAGUGUACAAAUUGUACGCCGACUCAGAAUCCCUUGGUACUACGCACAGUCAAAGAGACGUACACGGACAUGGAAGAGGUCUGCUGCGAAGGUUAUGUUAGGAACGCAAAAACCGGAGAUUGCAUGCCGAACUGCGUGGACUGCAAGGCAGGCAAAUGCGUGCGUCCUGAUGUAUGCCUCUGUGCCGAAGGCUACAACAACCUGAAGAAUAGCACCGUCUGUGAGCCGGAAUGCAGUGAGCCCUGCAUCAAUGGACAAUGCGUUGAGCCGGAGAAGUGUAGCUGCAAUGAGGGCUAUAAUUUCAUCAAUGGCAGUGUCACGGAAUGCGAGACCCGGUGUUUGACGGAUUGCACCAAUGGGCGUUGUGAUGCUUCGUAUAAAUGUACAUGCAAUUUCGGCUAUGAGCGCAACGAGUUGUUGGGCGUGUGCACGCCUAUCUGUGAAGAGCCCUGUGAGAAUGGCAUUUGUAAAGCGCCUAAUGAGUGCCACUGUCUUAGCGGUUACGAGUUGAGACUGGGCACCUUGGGUAAGUGUGAACCGGUUUGUCAGGGUGGCUGCCCCAACGGCUAUUGCAUCGCACCGAACGUUUGCAAAUGCCAGGAGGGCUCCUAUAAUUUAAUCGGACUUGCCUGUGUGCCCAACUGCAUGGAUAAAUGCGUGAACGCACACUGUACGGCACCCAACCAGUGCACAUGUCUGGAGGGUUAUAUAUAUCGCAAUGAUUCGCGCACCGUGUGCGAGCCAACUUGUGCACGCGGCUGCCUGAAUGGUUUUUGUGAUGAACCGGGCCACUGUGAGUGUCAUCAGGGUUAUACACAGGUGGAGCCGCAUGUUUGCCAACCGAAUUGCACAAAGGACUGUAUCAAUGGACACUGCAGCGCGCCCGAUACGUGUACCUGCAACGAGGGCUACAUCCUUAAGAACGGUUCACUUACAGAAUGCGAACCACACUGCCCGCGUGGUUGCAAAAACGGUGAAUGUGUUAGUCCAGGUGUGUGCAGCUGCUUGCCGGGAUACCAAUCGCUGCUCUUUUAUCUCUGCAUACCGGUCUGUAAGCACUCCUGCGUCCAUGGCACAUGUACCGCACCGGACAUCUGUCGCUGUUUCAGCGGGUAUCGUCCGAAUUCGGAACGGUCCAACGAAUGCGAACCAGUUUGUAAUUUCGACUGCGGACAUGGACACUGUAUUGCACCGGGUAUUUGCCAAUGUGAGACUGGUUAUACGAAAAAAUGGUUGACAGGACGUUGUGAGCCGCAUUGCACACAAAAGUGCAUCAACAGCAUUUGUGCGGCGGGCGGUGUAUGCCGUUGUUAUGAGGGUUUUCGUUUACGCAAAGGUUCGAACAACAUCUGCGAUCCCAUUUGUCUGCCGCAGUGCAUCAAUAGUAAUUGUGUGGAGCCGGACAUGUGCGAAUGCUGGAGUGGCUAUUCGGAGACACGUCAUCACAAUUACUGUGUCGCACAUUGUCGACCGUCGUGUGAGAAUGGCAAGUGUGUGGCACCCAAUAAGUGCCAGUGCAGCGAUGGCUACCAUGUGACGAACUCCAGCGAACCGCACCGUUGUCAGGCGAUCUGCAAAGAGACUUGCAUUAAUGCUGAGUGCCUGCGGCCGGAUGAGUGCGUUUGCCUGGAAGGGUAUAAGUUCCUUAAUGGCAGCCACACAGAGUGUGCGCCGAGUUGUGAACAAGACUGCGGUCACGGCAGAUGUAUUGGACCGAACGCUUGCAGUUGUGAUCUCGGUUAUCGUCUUAAUCUGAGCAAUGACACCGAUCUGCCGGUCUGCGUAGCCUAUUGUAACGAAUGGAAUUGUUUAAAUGGAAAAUGCGAUGUAAACGGUAUAUGUCAAUGCAUAGAAGGUAUGGUAUACAACGAGCGACGUGGCGCAUGUGUUUCCGUGUUGGGUGCUAUGGAGGAACAUAUAGCGCUGAGUGGCGUCUCGGUAUCGCGCUGGACUAUCGGCACAAUGGCAUUCUUAUUUAUCGCCUUAUGUGUACUGGCUUUGAUAUUGGUGUAUCGUGAAUAUGCGCGCAGACGUUUCCGGGAGAAGCACGGCGUGCGGUUGAUAGAAAACCCAACGUUCGGCAUUGUAAUGCCAGGCACGAGAGAAGAAGAUGGCCUCAAUGUGCAGGAUGGCGAGGAGAGCUGAUCGAAGAUGUGAUACUAAAGAACCUUUUGGAGUAAGGUGUAUUUGUAUUGAAAUCGCUUCGGAAAUGUCAAUAAAAUCCUCUCCUUAGUUUUAAAAAGAAUUGUUUUUGAAAAUAAAUUUACUUAAAAGGCUUA